CAUCUCGGCGGUGGACUAGGUCCGCCAGUAGUGCCCUUUUACCCCUUUUUUGGGGGAGGGUUCCCCUGCACCAAUAGACUUACUGGAGGACCUAGGUGAAGUGCCCAGACGGACGCGCAUGUCGCGGCGCCGCUUCGGUUUGGAUGGUGGAAGGCCCCAAGUACCACCGGCACGCGCAGCUGCUUCGCCAGGCCUUGCUGACGCGGCGCCUGCGCGUAGUCUCCGAGGCCCAGCUGCGGUCGCUGGUGGGGUGCAAGGUGCUGGAGGUCUUCGCCGUGGGAAAGGAGCUCUUCAUCCUUUUCGGCAUUCGAUGGGAUGAGAGCCGACGAGGCAGCGGAGUGCGGCUGCACUUCGGACACGGGGGCGGGUACCUGGUAGAGCGGGGAGCAGAGCGCUGGGGCCCAAAGGCUGCGGGCGGAGGCCAUUGCAGAGACGGACCUGCGGCCCUCACCAUGGAGUUCAGCGCUGAUGGCGAUGCUGAUGAUCCGCUCAGGUUUUUGCUGUGGAACGACCUGGGGAGUUUCUACGGCCACGUCUCCGUGGAGUACCUCCGCGCUGUGGAGGCCCGUUCCAUUUUCGACAUCAACGCGCCAAAGGAGGCCUUCGCCUUGGCCACUGCGAGGGGCCUCUUCCUGCAGUCGGAGGAGCUGGUGGUGGACCUGCUGAUGGACCAGUCCCGGUUGCCAGGAGUGGGGAACAUCAUCAAAUGCGAAGGACUGUUUGCAGCUCGCAUCUUUCCUCUCCGCAGAUCCUGCGAGUUGAGCGCAGAUGAAUGGACUAACCUGCUGGAAGAGCUUCACAGAUUUUCCGACUUGUGGUAUCAGCACUGCCAGAAAAGUCAGGAUGGCCAGCACAUGGGCUGCUGCCAUUUGAUGCGCAUCUACGGGCACUGGACCUGCUCUUCGUGCCAGGGGCCGAUCAGUUUGAUCAAGGAGGGCCGGCGCCAGCGCAUCACCUACUUCUGCCCCCGCUGCCAGCCAGGGUCGGAACCCGCGAGAAGACCGCACAGUCACAGGCAGGAGCUGCCCGUGGAGCUUCCCCCAUGCAAGUGCGGCUUUUUGCCAGCUCUGCUGCAAGUGCGUUCGGGCGUGCACUUCGCAAUGUCCGACGACCGGAGGCCCUACUUGUCGUGUUCCCAGCGCCGGGGCUCGAAGUACGACGACGGCGGCUGUGGCCUGCCGGGGCCCUGGGAUGGCUGCGGCUUCCACAGCUGGCUUGAUGAGAUCUCUCCGCUGCCGAACUGCGACUGCCAAGCGCCGUCUCUGCUGCGGCGGGUGGUGGGGAUGAAGGAGAACGGCCGCUACUUCCUCCGCUGCCGCCAGCGGCGCUGCCGCUUCCGCUGCUGGCUGAAGCUUGCGCUUCCCGAACACGACGUGCGCCGCUCCGGGCGCUGGCGGCGGCCGGCGGAGGACGCAGAGAGCUCAAGCCCGCAGACCUCGUCCAGCGAGAAGGAUGUCCUUCCAGACGUUUCGGGCUGGGACUCGGACCGGCCACGUGAGCCACCGAUGGCGGGCUACAAGACCAAGCGCUGGGGCAAGAGAUGAGGCAGUCCCUCAAUUCAGAAAGCUGCUGACGCCCCUUCGACUUGCUGGUCGGCUUGGAUGCGGAGGUGAAUCACUGCCCUUCGUUUAUGCGAGGACAAGCCGGAAACCUGACGAGGAGCCGUGAUGACGCGAGGUCUGCAAGGGAGGUCGGCUGAAAUCCUCGUGGAUGGAUUUAAAGGAGAAGGAUAUUCCACAGGGAACCCAAGAAACCA